AUGACGGGGAGAUUUCCGCAUUUGAUCCUCUUCCUCGCUGCAUUUCUUGCGGCUUUGGCGUUGGCCAAUGCAUAUCAUGUUAAGCCCGGUAUUGCACAUCAUGUUAAGUCUAUUUUCGUCUUUGGGGACUCUCAAUUUGAUGCAGGAAACAAUAAAUACAUCAAGCAUUGCGGCCUUCAAGCCAACUAUACUCCUUAUGGCAUGAGUUACUUUCAUACGCCCACCGGGCGGUUCACCAACGGUCGAACCGUUGCAGAUUUCAUUUCACAAUAUUUGGGGAUUAAGUUCCAAAAGCCAUACCAAGAGGUGUAUCGAAAAUUAGUACACCACAGCCACCACAUCCGAAAAACUAUGCCGGACAACGGACUUAACUUUGCCAGUGCCGGAAGUGGACUUCUGCCAGAUACAAACAACCGUCAAAGGGUGACAUCAAUCCAAUCCCAAUUGCUACAAUUCCAAGCACUAGUUAAACAAAACUUUAUACACAGGAAGCAAGUUGUAGAAUCCAUAUAUUUCUUGGCAUCGGGUUCGAAUGAUAUUUUUAGUUAUUACUUGUUACAUGGUGAGUUGAAGCUAAACGAAACAGCCUAUGCACAUGCCAUGCUAAAAGAAGCAUCCAAGUUCAUUGACAAAAUCUACAAGCUAGGAGGUCGUAGAAUCGUCGCUUAUGGGGUAGGUCCUAUGGGGUGUAUUCCUGGCAGAGUCCUCAUAAAAAGAGCACCUAAGGACCACUGUUAUGAUAAAAUGGACCGUAUGGUUAAAUAUUACAACGCUGAAUUGCAACACUUAAUGAUCAGUAUACCGCGUAGGUAUCCUGGCGCGAUUGGUGUUUAUGUUGUAGUGUAUCCCACCGUACAAAACUUCCUUACUCACCCAAAACUUUACGGUUUUUUGAAUGUAAGUCAAGCAUGUUGUGGAGCUGGACCUCUAAAUGGAGAGUUGCAAUGUGGAUUACGAGGUUACAAGUUGUGUCACAACCCAAAUGACUACUUUUUCUGGGAUUAUUUUCAUCCCUCCGAGCGUGUUUAUGGGCUCAUUGCCAAGGGUAUAUGGGCUGGAGGCAAAAAACAAAUAUGGCCCAUGAAUGUGAGAACUUUAGCCAGUAUUAAAUUACCAUUCCAUUGA